AUGUUAACACGUCGAUGGGGUCAUGGCUCUGCAGUGCUCCAUGGCGAAUUGUAUGUAGUGGGUGGACACAACGGAAAUUCAGGCGAACUGGGCUCUGCUGAGAAAUACGAUCUCCGUGCUAAUAAGUGGACUUCAGUGGCUGAUAUGAGCUGUAGCCGAGUUGGUUUAGGACUGGCUACAGUCAGUGGAAAUUUGUAUGCCAUUGGUGGGCUGAAUCGUUCAGUAGAUCAUAGUCUAAAAGAUCAUGCUUCAGUUGAAGUUUUUGAUCCUAAGACGAACCAGUGGAAACACCACAGUAACAUGAACUGCAGGUUAGUCGGUGUCCCUGACCGUAUCCUCAUUUAUCAAACAUUCCUCGUUAAUACAAACUUUUUUAGACGAACCAAUCCUGGUGUGGCUAUUCUACAGAAGCUGUAG